AGCUGCUGAAGUUUUUUUUUUGACACGCUGCACAGGCCACAGAGAGUGCUGUCUGCCGCAGUGACUCGGUCUUGGAGUAGCGGCAUGACGAGAGCAAGUCUGCUCUCGCAUGACUUGAUUCUUGACGUCGUCUCCGUGCGGUUGCGACGUGCGACUAGACGGUGAAAUCAUUCCGCUGAUAUAAUCUUUGGCUCAAAAGGAAAGAAGCGGCGUUAUCGUUUGCGAUAAUCCGUGUUGUGGUUUACACUUGAUGUGGUACAAUUGUAAAAGAUAUAUUUUCUGAAUCAGUUUUAGAGUCUGUAUACAAAAGUUUACAUGAUUUAUACCUUGACUUUUGGAGAAAAUGGUUAGUGGAGUAGCUGGUUCGGAAGAGGAGUUGGACGGACCUGUUUGUUAUCAUGAUCUGAAGAGCCGACCACGACGCUGCACGGAUCUUCCGUGCUUGUUCGUAUUCUUGAUUUUCGUCAUUUUUCUGAUUGUCGGAGGGAUUCUUGCAGCAGUGUUCGGAUCGCCGUUUCGACUGCUCUAUGGACACGAUUCAUUCGGGAAUGUUUGCGGAAUUUUUAAUGAUCGCAUUGAUAAUCGCACGUUGACGGGAUUGGAUUUACGGGACAAACCGUACGUCUUCUCCUUCGAUAUCAACAAUCCACGGGAUUCGUUGAAGAUUUGUGUUAGCCGCUGUCCCGAUCGCCCUCUCUCCACACUGAAAGAUCUAGAGAAUUAUGGGCGACGUGAAGGCGUCGCGCUAUGUCGUUAUGAUAUCUCCAUAGCCGAAUAUGGGAAGAGCGAUACCGUCCUUCUGAAUAGCGACGAAUGUGCGGCGCUACGGCGCGAUGCCACCGCGGUGGAGAUCCUUGCGAAUUACGGGGUGAAUGGAUGCCUCGUAAAAAUCGCCCAGUGGCGCGAGGGAUAUGGGAACUGUCCCAGAUUACCGGUUCAACCGAGCUUUCCCGUGUUACGACGCUGCGUUCCCGACAAGGCCAGUUUGUCAACAUCCGACGUGCAUGUGGUGUACGAUUUCUACGCCUACCUGAACAGCUUCGAUUUCUUCUCGCAAAUUCUGGCCGACUUGUAUGCCAGCUACCGUGAAGUCAUUGGAUUAUCCUUCGCUGCCCUAGUGCUAUCGGGAGUACUUUUGCUGGUUUUAUACUACUGGACAGCUGCGAUUAUUUACGUCAUAUUGAUCCUGGUCAGCUUGGGCAGCGUGGUGGCGACGGCUUUGUUGUGGUGGGCAUGGAGCAGUUUAAAACAGUCUCUAGAUUCUCGGCUGUAUUUUGGUCAGUACGACAUUCUGGAGGAGGAAAGCAAAAACGAGAUUAUCCUCUUGACGUUUGCUAUUCUGGCGACUGCCCUUACAGUGAUCUUGUUUCUUAUGCCGAUCUGUAUUCGGCUGAAGAUCGAUUAUGUAACCCGCAUGUACGAGGAGGCCACGGUGUGCAUUCGCGGGAUACCGUCUCUGCUGCUGCAGCCAGUGUGGACGUUUCUUAUUCUGGGAUCGUUUCUGAUGUUAUGGUGCGGCGUGAUGCUUUGCUUGGCGACUUCCGAGAUUCCGCGUUUUGUGCGCAAGCAGAUUACGGUGGACUUUUUGUCGGCCAAGGUGGCCAUACCCGACACGUCCUUCACGGUGAUCGAGUAUGACCAGCAGACGCCGAUGCGUUUUAUGUGGAUUUUCUACGUGCUGGCCUUAAUCUGGAUUAGCGAAUUUAUUCUGGCCUGUCAGCAGCUGGUUGUAGCCGGUGCUAUUUCCAAGUGGUAUUUUGAAAGGGAUAAAAAGCAAUGUUCCAGUCCGGUGUUAUCCUCCAUCAGCCAGUUGAUUUGGUAUCAUCUCGGUUCGGUUGCUCUUGGAUCAUUCCUGAUUACCAUUUUCAAAGUGCCACGCUUGAUUGUGCAAUAUUGCCGAAGAUUUUUGCGUCGGAGACAUGGAUCCUGUUCUGAUGCGACGUACCGCUGCUGCGGUGGAUGCUGGUGGAUUUACGAUCGGUUUCUUGGGCAGUUGAAUCACAAUGCAUAUGCCAUCAUAGCGGUCCAGGGAACGGUUAACUUCUUCCCAGCUGGAGCGGAGGCCCGGUCAUUGUUGCACGAUAACGCUUUACCGAUGAUGGGGGUGAACUGUGUAGGCGAUUUCGUUCUUUUUCUGGGAAAGUGUGCCAUUACCGCCAUUUUAGCUAUUUUGGGUAUUGUGUGUAUGAAAUACGACCCGCAGCUGCAUUUGUAUGCCAUACCGCUUCUGUUGUGCUGCAUUUUUGGAUACUUCAUUGCACAUUCGGUUCUUUCCUUGUAUGAGAUGGUGAUUGAUACCAUCUUCUUAUGCUACUGCGAAGACAUCCGUCUCCAGGAAGAAUGCUGGAGCGGCGCCACGGAUGUGGUUGACCGGUCAACCGGACUAUUCGCCACUCCGACGCUGCGCGAAUUCAUGGCCAGUGCGCCGGUGAAAUUCCGCAAGCCGCGCAUUGUAACCACGGCUCCGUCUAACGAAUAACCUGUCUGACGGUUCUUCUUUCCUUUACGACCACUUCCUACCUCCCGGUUUCCAAAUCUCCCUAGUCCAAAGCCUGUAUCCUUGACCUCAAUUCCUAUGGUUGCUGUUUUUCGCCUGUGACAUAUUAGCGUGCAUUUGAUGGACUUCAUGUUUGCAUUUUUGUAGUUGGCUUUCGUAGUCAUUUCCGGUGGCAGCCCAUCCCGGUCAACGACUGAAUUUUAUUUUUUAAUUUUUAUUUGUUUAAAAAUUCUUACGAAACGUUUUUGAUUGGUGAAUUCUAGAUUGUUUCAACAGAAAUCUGUACAGUUUUCUCUAUUUGUUUAUAAGGUUUAAUUGUACUCAUGUACUGUACUUGAAAUACUGUAAAGUACUUUGAGUCAUUAACUAAACGCUGUAAUUAUGUGCAAAUUAAUAGAAUGCCAUGAGGUGUGGCCCUCGAAGCAAUAAUUUUAUGCGAUCUGUACCUCAACAAAUGAUUUACACAAUU